CAUCUGGGAGGGGAGAUGAUGAAGACGUCAAAACAUUCUUCCUUCCGUUCAGUUGAAUCGCGUUAAAUGCCAGUGGUAAACAAAAUACUGAGCAAAAUACGAGGAACGUUGGUUUUGGUUUAAUUUGAAAGCAUUUUUCGAGCGAUUCACAGAAUGUAUGCGCUAAGUUCACAGCGACGUUACUGGACAUUCGGCAGCGAGACCGAAAUUGAUGAAUUGCGACAACAGCAAAAUCAAAAUUUCAUUUCGAAGGCAACGCAGGGUCGUGAUAUUGAUGAAAACAACUUAGGUCAUGUCUAUCUAACGCCCAGCGAAGAAAAAGUUCUGCUCAAAAGCUAUGAGCUUCAUUUGCGGGAUUUUUGCAGGCGAUUCGAACCCCCAAUGCCGAAAUGUAUAGUCGGUACGGCGUUCCAUUACUUCAAACGGUUCUAUUUGAAUAAUUCCACCAUGGACUAUCAUCCGAAGGAAAUAUUAGCCACUUGCGUGUAUUUGUCAUGUAAAACGGAAGAAUUCAAUGUCUCAAUAUCGCAAUUUGUCAGCAAUAUCAAAGGCGACAAACAGAAGGCGAUGGACAUCAUCUUGUCGAAUGAAUUACUGUUGAUGCAGCAACUGAACUACUAUCUCACCGUCCACAAUCCAUUCCGUCCGAUAGAAGGAUUCCUAAUUGAUAUAAAGACACGCUGUUCACUGCCGAAUCCGGAACGGCUCCGGGCUGGAAUUGAUGAUUUCAUCGACAAGACAUUUUUAACCGAUGCGUGUCUUCUGUAUGCUCCGUCGCAGUUGGCCCUGGCAGCAGUUUUGCAUUCAGCCAGCAAAGAGCAAUUGAACCUCGAUAGUUAUGUAACCGAAUGUUUGUUCCAAAAUGCCAAGGAUAAACUUCAGCGCCUUAUUGAAGCUGUUCGAAAAAUUAGGUCAAUGGUAAAAACUAUCGAACAACCCGAUAAGACAUUCGUGCGCUCACUGGAGAAGAAAUUGGACCAGUGCCGCAAUCAGGAAAACAAUCCCAAUAGUCUGAUAUACAAGCAAAGAAUGCAGAAGAUGCUGGACGAUGAAGAUGAUAUUGAGUUAGGUUUGGGAUCGUCGGUUCAAUUGAACGUGAACGCAACGGAAGAAGUACACGAUGCGUCGAUGUUAAGUGUUGAUUUGAAUUGAAUAUAUUGUGAUGGUUUCGAUAGU